AUGGGUAUCCGAAAUACAGGACCGUGCUCAGUGCUAAAUUGCGAUAAAGAAACCAUCAAGUUCCGUCGUUUCACGCCAUUAGCAUACAAAAAAUCAAUAGAAAAACACACGUUCGACAGCUAUUCCUAUUUGCAAAUUGGACAACAGCUGUGUCAAAAGCACUACCUGUGUAUUGUUGAACCGGAUCGAAGUAGAAGAUAUACGUUGCGGUCUAAACGAAAGAAUGGUCAAGACAAUAAAAUGGAGUUAGUCACAACAACCGUCGUCGCGCACCAGUAG